ACAUGAGCACAGCAGGUGUUCAUCGAGGCUUCCUCAGGAAAUAUGGAGGCUUCAUGUUCAAGCAGUGGAAGGAAAAGUAUGUUGUGCUGACCAUGGAGGGAAGCCUGCUGGUGUGUCGGGAUGCAGAGUCCCCCCCAGACCAGGUGGUGUCACUGCAAACCAACUGUGAGCUGAUUGUUGAAGGACGGGAGAUCCUUGAUCUUCCCAAGUUACCUGCAGGUGGCCGGAGGGAUUGCUGCUUCGCCCUCAUCCUGCCACAGAGCAAAUUCCUGCUGCUUCUCACAGACAAUCCCGAUGACUGCAUUCUUUGGCUGAAGCUUAUCAGGAAAGUCAGAGAGGGUGUCAUGUCACCCCAGAUGCUUCAGCGACAGGGCAGCCUCACUCCCUGCAUCACAGACAGAGACCCUCUGCCGGACUCCUCCAGUGAUAAAGACCCUGGUUCUCCUAGGAUUAGUGAGGGUACCCCUCCUUUGCCUCGAGUCACUGAGAGAGGAGGCUCCUUCAGGGACAGAACCCAAAGCCCAGCAGCUGGAGCAGCGAGGUGGCCUAUGCGCAGUGCCUCUGUGGCGCCACCUCAUCGUGUGUCAGAUUGUCUUCGCCAUGGCAACAGCAGUGAUGCCCGGGCGGUGAGGGCAGUGUGCCUGCUGAUGGGGGGAGCGGCAGCCUCCUCCGCUCUGGGAUACCUCAACUCCUGCUCCCCCUCUUCUCCCCUCGCUGCCAGAGCCCCAGAGAUUGCCCACGGAACGGGGGGCUUCUCUGAGCUCCCUGCAGGAGGCUCCUUCCACGCCUGCAGCCAGGACGUCGACUCCCCACACUUCAACAGCUUCGACUUUGAAGGAGACUCCGACUUUGAUGCAUUUGACUGUGGAGGAUUUGCCUUUUAAUUGUGACCAGAAAGUGGUCAGCAUCCCUUUGUAAUUUAAGGUCAUUGUUUAAAAACUAAUUACCCAUCGGGUCAUCUAUACUUCUAAUUUAUACAUUAAUGAUGGUGUUCUUCCUGGCUUUAUGCCCAUGUUCCUCAGGUAAAUCAUUCAUGAUCUUGACUCCUCUGAACACUGUCUGUAUGUCGUAUCACCCUUUACAUUCUACAUUCUACUGCAUUAUAUGUUGAUCUCAAAAAAUCUUAAGUGGCAUUUAUAAGGAAAUUCUUUUCCAUAAGAAUCAUCCCUUUUCUCCCUUUCUGGUUGUAUAAAAACUUAAUUUUAUAAGUCAGUGAUGUGAUCCAUAUGCUCUUCUUUUAUCCCCAACAUUUCUUCUGCCUUGCUUUUGGAGAUCAACCUAUAACCCAACAUCGGUACAUAAUUGUAGCUGGAAUGCAGUUCAGGGGUGACUUGUAAAUAAAUCUAUUACAAUGACUGUGCAGCUCUCUCUCAAGUUCAGUCUCCAUGCAGGGCAGAUGACAAGGCAAAGUUUGCACAGGGGAAAUGGCUGAGCAGAUUUGCACAAGAGAGGGAUGAAUUAUGCACAGCUUGAACGUCUCAUUGUGUGUUUGCUUACUGAUUAUUUGCACUGGGACAGAGUUACAUUUGCUCUGAUUAGCAGUCACAAACAGAAAAAAAAAAAAACAGUCUCACAGGUCAGACUGAAAAUAAAACGUAGUGUAGGAAUAUCACCCUUACAAAUUUGCAUUUUUCUGUUAGGUUUUUUUUUUAGUCUUAAGAAGAUUAACAACUAGGCCAAACAGCCUGAAACUUAUUAUAAGCUGCUAUUCCAUCACUGAGGCCGUUUGAACAACAAACGACUUAACACAUAGCAAAUGAAAAGUUA